GACACACAAGCAGGAAUAUCUCAGAAGGACAUCUAAUGUUAUCCCCGGAUUGUGACAUAAAAGAUAAUGACAGUAGACAGGAUUCUCCAGGAGCUAACCCCAUUACCCCAAUUAUACAUCCAGCUCUAUCAGCUGAUCCCUCUGAUCCUGGGAAAUGUUCUCCUGAUCACUCUGAUAUUGGUGCAUCUGUUACAGCUCUGAGAGUAAAUACAGAGUUUCCCUGUUCUGUAGAUGCCAAAUGUUUUACACAGAACACAAAGCCUAUUAACCCACAGACAGGUAAGGCAGGGGAGAGGCCAUUUCUAUGUUCUGAGUGUGGGAAAUGUUUUACACUGAAAUCACAACUUCUUACACAUCAGCGAAGUCACACAAGUGAGAAUCCAUUUCCAUGUUCUGAGUGUGGGAAAUGUUUUACACGGAAAUCAAAUCUUGUUAUACAUCAGAGAAGUCACACAGGUGGGAAUCCAUUUCCAUGUUCUGAGUGUGGAAAAUGUUUUGCAUACAAAUCAGAACUUGUUAAACAUCACAGAAGUCACACAGGUGAGAAGCCAUUUCCAUGUUCUGAGUGUGGGAAAUAUUUUACACAGAAAUCAAGUCUUGUUAUACAUCAGAGAAGUCACACAGGUGAGAAUCCAUUUCCAUGUUCUGAGUGCGGGAAAUGUUUUCCCCGGAAAUCAGAACUUGUUAAACAUCACAGAAGUCACACAGGUGAGAAGCCAUUUCCAUGUUCUGAGUGUGGGAAAUAUUUUGCACACAAAUCAAGUCUUGUUAUACAUCAGAGAAGUCACACAGGUGAGAAUCCAUUUCCAUGUUCUGAGUGCGGGAAAUGUUUUUCCCGGAAAUCACAACUUGUUACACAUCAGCGAAGUCACACAGGUGAGAAGGUAUUUCCAUUUUCUGAGUGUGGGAAAUGUUUUGUGCACAAAUCAGUUCUUAUUAGAUAUCAAAGAAGUCACACAGGUGAGAAGCCGUUUUCUUGCUCUGACUGCGGGAAAUGUUUUUCCUGGAAAUCACAACUUGUUACACAUCAGCGAAGUCACACAGGUGAGAAUCCAUUUCAAUGUUCUGAUUGUGGGAAAUGUUUUGCACAGAAAUCAGUUCUUCUUAGACAUCAGAAAAGUCACACAGGUGAGAAGCCAUUUCCAUGUUCUGUGUGUGGGAAAUGUUUUGCACACAAAUCAGAACUUGUUAAACAUCAAAGAAGUCACACAGGUGAGAGGCCAUUUCCAUGUUCUGAGUGUGGGAAAUGUUUUGCACUCAAAUCAGAUCUUCUUAGACAUCAAAGAAGUCACACAGGUGAGAAGCCAUUUUCUUGUUCUGAGUGUGGGAAAUGUUUUACACUGAAAUCACAUCUUGAUAGACAUCAGAGAAGUCACACAUCAGAGAAGUCACACAGGUGAGAGGCCAUUUCUAUACUAUGAGAAAUAUAUUAGCUCUUGUUGCACAAAAUAGACAUCAGUCAGGUGAGGAACCAUUUUAAUCUUCUGGAGUAUACUUAAAAUGAAGAAAAGAUGAGAUAUGAGGUGCACUCUGGAAGCUUAUAGGGGGUUAAUCAGAGAUGAACGCAGAUGUGACAUCACGCAGCCCCCUGGAAAA